GGGGCCAGUAUGAGAGAUUUCUAACCAUGGCUGGCUGGUAAUUGCGCAGUAGAUCCCGGAUUCCCACAAGUGCCGUCGCUUCCCCCCCCGGCCAUGUUUGGCACAUUCUUCCCAGUAGCGGUGAGUGAGCGAUGCAGGCUUGCAAGGCUGACCAGUGAGAACGUACGACACACAUCUAAUCGCCAUCACGCCAUCUAUCGCCCGGCCAAGUCGACCACCCUGCAUGUCUGGAUCGGGUCAAGCUUUUCCCACUGGCAUUGCCGGCUUGGCUUACAGAGAAUGACCUGGGGUAGAAGGAUUGGGGCUCGUCGCGACGUGAUGCCGGCUUGUCAUCCCACCUGCCCUCCAGGGAUCCCCAAAGUAGCCCGGGCUAUGUUCAAUUUUUCGAGGUCCGGUUUAUUCAGGCUGUCUCACCGGCUCCACAAUGGGAUCUGCCAGGCUUCCAAGGACGGUUAUGUCAUCAGAACAGCACCCUCGGCAGUUAUGGCCUCUUCACCGGCCAACGGUUGCCCGUGCAGCUGCAAGAUGCCAUGUAUGUGUCUGCGACAUGCAGCAGCCUGGCCUGGACCUAUUCCCAGCCAGAUCAACGGUCCACACCGUGACACAACACGGUGCACGAGCCCUCACACACCGCAAUAAGGGUUGGCUGUCGCGUCUAGAUUGUAGAACGAUAAAAAUACACCGACGUCUCCCCGCACUUGGCGGCCAGCUUAGACAAAGUUUCUCUCGUCCCUCCCCCACAAACCUAAUUGCAACGGAUCAGGUGGUGCGGUAAUGAAUAGCUAUUGGCCAUCCUAUAUGGAGAAUUACUACUAGUUGGUUGUCCAUUCCCAAUGCAACCCGGCCU